AAAAUUUUAAAAAAUACAAAGAUGACAUGAAUGUUUCCAGUCUGGAACACAAAACUCCAGCCAGCCCAUGUUCUCAUUUUCCAGCGAUUGCCAAUUUGCCAAAAAGGCAAAGAAGGAACUAAACUAAUUAUUUCCAAAAUCAUUCAUUUUCAGCUUAGAAAAACUUCUCUGCAACUUGCAGCUUCAUUCUUGAUGAAAGAUUGUUCCUUUCUGCUUUCAUAGCCUUUGUCUCCAUUACCAUUUUGCACCCCAUUUACUGUUGGAUUAUUGUUCUUACUCCUUCAGAUCUAUUUGCUAACUGGGCUUCUUUUAUUUUAAUGAAGAAGCCUUGCUUGUAAGAAUUUUUUUUGCUUAUAUCCCUUUUUUUUUCUGGGUUCUGAUGGUGCCAUUGAAGACUAGAGGCAAAUGCUUGUAAGAUUUUAGAGAACGUAACCAAGGAGGUAUGUGCUUACACUGUUGAAGACGGUGGGAAAGUAGCUUCUUUUGUUUAUCGGCUGGUACAUUCUUUCAGUUCUUUAUUGAUCAGACUUUUGGUUGUGAAGUCAUUUUUGUGAUUCAAGGCUUAGACUUUUUUUAAUCUAUCUUUGAUCUUCAACUUGAGUGACUGGUUGUGGUUCUAUUUGGAGUGGAAAUCUUCGGUUAAUUGUCAGAGUUAAAUGCUUGAUAGUGGAAAGAAAGAGGUUUAAUUAAAGUUUUGGUUAUUAUUAUGAAGGUCCAAGGCAUGGGAAUGUUAGGCCUCUUUGUUGUAGUUAUAUUUAUACUUGUUAGAGCUGGGAAUGCCCAGCUGAAUGCUUUUUUGGUGAAUUGUGGGUCAAAUUCAAGUGUUAUCGUGAAUGGUAGAAAAUGGAUUGGAGACUCAUCUCCAGGGAACAACAUCACUCUGAGUUCACAUGGAAUUGAAGCAUCCUCUGCUACGUUCAAUGGAGAUCCAGUUUAUGCACCUCUGUACAAGAAUGCUAGGCUUUUCAUUGACCGGCUCAAUUAUACAUUCCAAGUACCUCAGGGAAGAUAUUUUCUGAGGCUCCAUUUUUAUCCACUGGUUUUCGAACAUUAUGAUGCCAAUGUGAGUUACUUUUCGGUAUCAGCAAAUGGUUUGAAGUUAAUUUCUGAAUUCAACAUCCCGGGAGAGAUUAUACAAAAGAAUGAAUUCUUGCUUGGAGGCAAUUCCAGUUUUUCUUCAUUGGUGAAGGAGUAUAUCUUCAAUGUGGAUACUAAUGUGUUGGUGGUUGACUUUAUUCCAAGCAAAGGUACUUUUGGUCUUGUGAAUGCGAUUGAAGUCAUACCAGUUGCAGAUAACUUAUUUGCUGAAUCUGUUAAGAAAGUUGGUGGAAAUGGUGCUAAUGCUUCUCUUGAUUUUGGUAAAAGAGGGCUUCAGACUGUCUAUAGGUUGAAUGUUGGCGGAGGGAGAAUUCGACCUGAUCAAGAUAAGGAGUUCUGGAGGUUAUGGGAAGUAGAUUCGGGCUACAUGAUCAAUCCGGAUGCAGGUUCCGAAAUCAGUAACCAAUCUGCUAUAGUCUAUGCUUCACCAAAUGAUACAUCUGUUGCUCCUCUUCUUGUAUACGAAUCAGCAAGAACUAUGUCCAACUCGCAAGUAACUGAGAAGAGGUUCAACAUGUCAUGGAAAAUGGAAGUAGAUCCUGGUUUUGAUUAUCUUGUUCGGUUACAUUUCUGUGAGCUCCAAUUCAAUGUCUCAAGUCAAAGAAAUUUCAGAAUCUACAUAAAUAAUAGAACUGCUGCUGAUAAUGUCGACCUAUUCAUGAGAGCAGGAGGAAAGAAUAGGGCAUAUCAUGAGGAUUACUUUGAUGUUACUUCUCCUGCAACAAAUAACCUUUGGAUACAGCUAGGUCCUGACAGUAGCGCGAGUGCUGCUGGAACUGAUGCUCUCUUGAGUGGUCUGGAGGUUUUCAAGUUGAGUAGAGAUGGUAACCUAGCUUAUGUACAAAGAUAUGGAAACUUAGAAUUGAAAAAGUCCUCGCAAACUUUGAAACUGUGGGUGGCAAUUGGUGCUGGAAUUGCUUCAAUUGCAAUUGCAGCAGCUAUUGUAGCACUGAUGUUCUGGUUAUUCAGAAAGCCAAGAGCAAAAGAUGCUGAGGGGAAAAAGACCUCUCCAGGUUGGAGGCCAUUAUUCCUUCACGAGAGCACGGCUAAUGCCAAAGGUUCUCUGAGAUAUCAAAAUCCCAGUGCGCUUGGUACUAGCAUUACUGGAAGGCAUUUCACAUUUGCGGAGAUUAAAGCAGCCACCAACAAUUUUGACGAAAGUUUGGUGAUUGGAGUUGGAGGAUUUGGUAAGGUUUAUAAAGGAGAGCUUGAAGACUCUACACUUGCAGCUAUUAAGCGAGCUAAUCCACAAUCGCAGCAAGGCCUAAAAGAAUUUGAAACAGAAAUUGAGUUGUUAUCAAAAUUGAGGCACAGGCAUCUUGUUGCAAUGAUUGGGUUCUGUGAUGAAGCAAAUGAAAUGAUCUUGGUAUAUGAGUUUAUGGCUAAUGGCACUCUUAGAAGUCAUCUAUUUGGGAGUGACCUUCCAUCAUUGACCUGGAAGCAGCGACUCGAAGUGUCCAUUGGUGCUGCCCGCGGUCUGCAUUACCUUCAUACAGGAUCAGAACGCGGAAUUAUCCACAGGGAUGUUAAGACUACAAAUAUUCUGUUAGAUGAGAACUUUGUGGCGAAAAUGGCAGAUUUUGGCUUGUCCAAAACUGGUCCUUCUUUAGAGCAUACCCAUGUGAGUACUGCUGUCAAAGGAAGCUUUGGAUACCUAGACCCUGAGUAUUUCAGAAGGCAGCAGUUAACCGAGAAGUCAGAUGUCUACUCAUUUGGUGUGGUUCUGUUUGAAGUUCUGUGUGCAAGAGCAGUAAUAAAUCCCACCUUGCCAAAAGAUCAAAUUAACCUUGCAGAAUGGGCAAUGAAGAAUCAACGCCAGAAAUCUCUCGAAACAAUUAUUGAUCCACGACUCAGAGGGAAAUAUUCUCCGGAAUCAAUAAAACGAUAUGCCGAAAUUGCAGAGAAGUGCCUAGCAGAUGAAGGGAAAAGCAGGCCAACAAUGGGGGAAAUCUUAUGGCACUUGGAGUAUGUCUUACAACUUCAAGAAGCUUGGCUGCGAGAAAAUGCAGAAGAAGUGACCAUCACAGAUAGUCAUCCUCUCACCCCUCUCAAUGAUGAUGAAUCUGGUGCUCAAGUUCCUACUAACUUGGAGACCCAGGGAGACUUAGAUGCACAAGAUAAAGAAGGUGAAUCUGAGCAUGUGAUUUGAGGGUGAGAACUUGUCACCAUUGGUAAAUCAGCAAGAAAGCCGGUAAACAGAGAACAGAUAUUGUCACCUGGUGCAUUCUGGUUUUACAUCCUUAAUUCUUUACAUUUCUAUCAUCCACCUUAGCAGUCAUGGUCUGCAUUUUUAUAUUCUGGAAAGUGCUCAGAUAGAUUUGAGAGUUUAGCAUUUGGAUGUAACUUAGUGAUUUGGAUUCUUUCAUUCUUAUGGACAGACAUUGGCAGUUUCAGUAAAGAACUGAGAAUUGCCGAUUUGGAUCAGUUCAUCAAUUCAUUCAGUUCUUUGUUUAUUUCUCUUUUAUUCUUGGCC